UUCGAAAUAUUUCUCAAUUGUUUUAUUUGCCGUGAAAUAGAUAUAUAUUUAUUGGCUAGUAAUGAAAAUUGAAACUACAUGCUACGUUUAAUUGUACUAAUAGUUUAAAGUAAUCGCUUAUUUCAUUUUAAUUAAAUUAUACAGCAUGAUUUGAACUGUUGGAAUUAUAACAUACAAACAUUUUUAAAUAUAACCUCGAAUCAGAACAGCUGAUUGAUACGUUUAUUUGAAUACAUAAAAACAAGUAAUUACGUUAAUCAAUAAGAAAAGUAUUACAAUGGAGAGAAGAAGAAAAAGUAAUAACCAACGUGGAAAGAAAAGUUUCAAAAACCAGUCAACCUUGUCUGAUGAAAAAGCUCGAAACCUAUGCGAUUGUGAGGCAACAAAGCAUCCACUUAUCAACAAUUGCAUUAAUUGCGGAAGAAUAGUAUGCUUAAGUGAAGGCCCUGGACCCUGUUUUUUUUGUGGACAUUCUGUUAAUUAUUAUAAUACAACAGCUCCUUUGUCGAACUUGAAUAAGAAUUCUGAUAAAAUGCAAAAAUUCCCAUAUGAUGAAAUAGUUAUUCCGGAGGAGGAGUCUGAAACAUUAAAACUUAGAAACAAACUUCUUGAGUUUGACAAGAAUUGUGCCAGUAGAACAAGUGUUAUUGAUGAUGAAUGCGAUUACUAUCAAGCCAACAACCUUUGGCUGACCAAGCAACAGCGCGAGCAAUGGAAGAAGUUAGAGCAAAAUAUUCAGCAGGAAAAGCAUAAGUCACGUUUGCAUCAGAAAAUAUCAGUUGAUUUUACAGGAAGAGUUAUUACUGAAGAAAAUCCUUUGGAAAUCUAUAAUAAAAUGAAUUCAAUUGAUGACUGUAGAAACUUUGAAAGUUUAUGUAAUGCUCACAGCAGCAAUUUUGAAUUAUCGAAAGGGCCUAUAUACGUGGAUAAUGAUUCCUUGUCUUCAAACUAUGUAAACAGAGAUAAUGAUAUACAUAUUAAUCGAGUACAAGAUAAAGGAAUUCUAGAAAUUUGUGAUCAGGGAGUAUGUUUGAGUAUGCAUCAGCCAUAUGCAUCACUUUUAGUAAGAGGAAUAAAAAAGACAGAAGGUCGCACAUGGUACUCAUCUCAUCGUGGCAGAUUGUGGAUUGCGUCAGGUACAAAGAAACCUUCUACAGAAGAAAUAAAAUUUGUAGAAGAUAUGUACAGACAUACAAGCAAAGAAGAAAUUCAAUUUCCUAAAUCAUAUCCUACGGGUUGUUUACUUGGUUGUAUUACUGUAACAGAUGUUCUAUCACAAGAGGAAUAUAAUAAGUUUUAUCCUGAAGAUAAAGUUAGCAGUCCAUAUAUAUUCAUCUGUGAAAAACACUUUGAACUGCCAAUAAAAUAUCCAAUUCAAGGAAAGCAUAAAAUAUAUAAAUUAGAUUCAGUUAUUCAUAGAGCAGCUCUAAAUUGUUUGGAAAAGACUUGUUUAGAAAUGUCUAAAAAUACAUAAUGAAUAAUAAUAAAUAUGAAAUAGUUAUUUGGCACAUUUCAUAUUCUUAGAUUCUUUAUAUUAAUAAAAUUUUAAUAAGAUGGGAUCAACUUUUACAAAAUUUCUGCACUGAUAAGUCAGAUGACCAGCAUAACCACAUUUCUUACAUGCUGGACGAGCAUCUUUAUUUUGAGGGAUGAGCCUUGAUAAAAACUCUGGAUCCAUUUCCUAGAUAUCAG